UUUGUUGUNUCAUUAUCAGUUUUAUAAGCGGUGUGUUUUGUCGUUUUAGGGUUAUUUGUAGGUGUAGAAUAUUGUUGUGAGUGAUGGGCGAUAUGGAGGUGGUUAUUCACCAUGGCGGUAAGUUCAUCAAUGAGGGGUGCCUCAAGUAUCAAGGACAAACUGAUACCAUGGUUUUUGAUCCUGACGUGUGGUCAUAUUUUAUUGUAGUGAGUGCAGUAAAAAGUUUAGGGUACGAUGGUUUUAAGGAAUUGUGGUUUUCUGUUGGGUGUGGUCCUGUUUUGGAUGAUAGGCUAGAACCAUUGUCUGAUGACGUAGGUGCCAUGCACAUGGUCAAUUUAGCUAACUUAAAUGGACAAGUUCAUUUAUAUGUUGUGCACAAUGUGUUUGAAGCUGAAGUGAUUCAAAUGAUUGAAUACAACGUUGAUGAAGCUAAGGUUGAGGGAGGUGAUCCUAAAGGUAAUGAGUUUGGUGAAGGUGCAGAAGUUGUAGUUGAGGAAGCUGAGAUGAUAGAAACUGAGGUUGAGGGAGGUGAUGCUGAGAGGACAGAAGACUUAGAAGUGCAGGGAAAGGAACCUGAGGUUGAGGAAGGGGAUGGUGAGGAAGUUGUGCUUGAGGAAGUUGUGGAUGAGGAGGCUGUGGUUAAGGAGGCUGUGGAUGAGGAAGUUGUGGUUGAGGAAGUUGUGGUUGAGGAAGCAUCUGAAGUGGAAGUUGAUGAAGUUGUGGUUGAGGAAGUGCAGGAAGAGGGUGAUAGGUUACAUGGGAAGGCUUAUAGAAUAGAAGUAGAAGACUUAGAUGUAGAAGACUUGGACAAUAUAGAAGUAGAAGUCCGUGAUGGUAAUGAUGGGCUAGUAGACAUAAAUGUGCAGUGUGAUUUACCCGAGAAUGAGACUGAAGUGGAGGUUGAGGUUGAACCCUUAUUACAUGAAUCUGAGUCAGAUAGUGAAGAAGAUGAGAUUGAUGAUUCGAGUUGGUUUAAUGAUGAAUGGGAAUCAGAGGACUUGACUUCUCCUUUGAUAAGUGAUGAAGAAAGUGAAGAGGAAGAGGGGUAUGGUAAUUAUUCUACCUUUAAUAUGCCAAAAGUAAUGGCUGAUUACAAGUGGGAUGUGGGUACAUAUUUUGGGGAUAAAAAUGACAUUCUUGAUGCUAUCAAAUCUUAUGGAGUAGAGAAUGGAAAAAAUUUAAAAAUUGUUAAAAAUGAUAGAAAAAGAGUAAGGGUUAAAUGUUUGGGAUCAAAUGGCCAAUGUCCGUGGGUGGCAUACUUUGGUUUCAUGGAUGCAGUGAAGUCAUGGCAACUAAGAACUAUUAAUGACAGCCAUACAUGCAGUAGGGAACACAAGUUGCGACUAUUCAAUGCAAAAUGGCUUAGUAGAAAAUUGCAAAAAACAAUAAGAGAUAAUCCUAGUGUAAAGGGCGUUGAAAUUAGAGAUAAAUUUAGUAGGAAAUGGAACAUAGCAAUAUCCAAGAACAUGGCUUACAGGGCCAAAGGCCAUGCAUCAGAUGAAGUGGAAGGGUCCUUCAUUGAGCAAUAUAGGAGAAUUUAUGAUUAUGCACAUGAGUUAUUAGCAAGAAAUCCUGGGUCCACAAUAAAGGUGCAAGUUGAUCCAGUUAAUGGCAAACCAAUCUUCAGGAGGUUUUAUGCAUGCUUAAAGGCAUGUAAAGAUAGCUUUGUCUNAUGCAGGCCAAUUAUUGGCCUUGAUGGAGCCUUUUUGAAAGGUAGACACCAUGGUGAGCUACUAACUGCUGUGGGUCGAGAUGCUAACGACCAAAUGUUGCCACUAGCAUAUGCAAUAGUAGAAGUUGAGAACAAGGACACUUGGACAUGGUUUUUGGAGCUGUUGAUUGAAGACUUAGGUGGUCCAGAUGUGUGUUCUGGUAUGACAAUCAUGUCAGAUCAACAGAAGGUACCUUCCAAUACAGUUUCUGUCUUUGUCAAUUCUGGUCUAAGACAAGCAGUUCAAGAUGUUUUUCCUGGAGUUGCACAAAGAUUUUNUGUAAGGCAUUUAUAUGCCAACUUCAGGAAGAAAUUUCCUGGAAAGAAUCUGAAAAAGCUCAUGUGGAGGGCAGCUUUGGCUACUCACCCACAACAAUGGGAGAAUAUCAUGAGAAGCAUCAAAGAGGUGAAUGAAGAUGCUUUUCGACACCUCAUGAUCCUUCCUCCAAGGUUUUGGUCUAGAUCAAGGUUCACAAGCACAGCUACAUGUGAUACCUUGGUCAAUAAUAUGUCAGAAGCAUUCAAUAGUGUUCUGGUCAAUACAAGGACAAAACCUAUCAUCACAAUGUUGGAGGAAAUCAGACUAUACAUGAUGAAGAGGUNGGCGACUAAUAGGACAAGGGCAGCCUCAUUUAAGUCGUCAAUUUGCCCUAAGAUACUNAGUAGACUACAAAAAGANUCACUACAAACNAANCAUUGGGUUCCCAGCUGGUCUGCACAUAGACUGUUUGAAGUCCGCCAUGUGUCCCAAACUGGAGACAACUUUGUGGUGGAUAUAGAUCAAUAUUCAUGCUCAUGUAGGAAAUGGAGCAUCUCGGGAAUACCUUAUGCACAUGCAUUGGCUGCAAUGAAGUUACUCAACAUAGACCCACAACAACACAUACCUGCAUGCUUUACAAAGUCAGCCUAUGAGGAAAUUUAUUCCUCUGUUAUUUUUCCCAUUAAUGGAAACAAUCUCUGGGAGGUAACCGAAUGGCCAGAUGUGAUGCCUCCAUCAAAAAGACAGAUGCCUGGACGUCCAAAGAAGAAGAGGAGGUUAGAGCAAUGGGAGUUGCAGAAAAGUAACACCAGAAUGUCAAAAGNAGGAUUACUCAAGAGAUGUGGCGUNUGUAGGGAACCUGGUCACAACAAGAAAAACUGUCCCCAGAAAAACCAAGCACAGGAACAUGGACAACAACCCACUUCAUUGGCUGAGGAUCAACCAGAUAGCUCACAACCAGUUCAGAACUAA